AUGAAGGGUCUAUUUUUUGUGUGCAUCGUGUUUAUGGCAUUCUAUGCCAUGACCCCGUUUUCAGUGGAAGCUGCCCAACAGUGCGUGACUUGUUCGAGCAGUGGCUGCUAUGCGAGCAACCCCAGCACCAAAUCCUGCCAGAGAAAAUGCUUCACGGUGUUCUUACGGGGGAAAAGCCAAGACCAGAAAUCUUUCGUAAUCAAAGGCUGUACUUCUGAUCAAGUAUUUUCGCGACGCCGGUGUGACAACGAGUGUUACGACGAGAAGAAAAAGUUUGGAGGCACAAACUACUACAUGCACAGGUAGCCCAAGCUCACUAUGAGAGCCCUGAACAACAUUAUCCUACUUUGCUAAUUAGUUAUUCAUACAGCAAGAAAAUUUAUUUAUUUUUUUUUAGAAUCUCUUCUCUCUACUGUCAUCUGGGUGAAAAACUGUCGCUCCAAAAAAGGCCUUAAACAGUGCCUAGGAGGUCUGAAAUGCAGUCAGAAUACAAAGAAAAACAACAAGACGCUAAAGGUAAGCUUCAAAGCGAUGUUCAAUGUACAUUUUGCUAAUUUAGUGAGCAAAGAAUAUUUCUCCAUACAAUGUCUUAUAAUUUUCUUACUGUAUGAAUAAUUUAUAAGCAAAGUAGGAUAAUGUUGUUCAGGGCUCUCAUAGUGAGCUUGGGCUACCUGUGCUACAUGUGCGUCCAUUGCUGCACAGGAGACAACUGUAACUCAGACUCUUCAGGCUCUGCGGGCUUUCAGAUGAAGAGUGGCAUCAUCUUGACGUUUGCGUCCACUGCUCUGGCACUGGUGAAAUAUCUUUAG